AGGAGGAGGAGGUGGCGGCGGGGGCCGGUACUGGGCCCGGCGGGAUGAGCGAGGCGGAGGCGGCAGUGGUGGCGACAGCGGCCCCCGCGGCCACGGUGCCCGCGACGGCGGCAGGGGUGGUAGCGGUGGUGGUUCCGGUGCCCGCAGUGGAGUCACAGAAAGCAGGCAGCGGGGCGGGCGGCGGCGGCGGCGGAGUCGGAGCCGCAGCCGCCUCGGGCCCCGCUGCUGGGACCCCCUCGGCGCCGGGCCCCCGCACCCCUGGCAACCCAGCGACGGCGGCCUCGGGGACUCCCGCGCCCCCGGCCCGGAGUCAGGCGGACAAGCGGGUGCUGGCAAUCCAAGUCCUGGGCACUGUCAAAUGGUUCAACGUGCGGAAUGGUUACGGAUUCAUCAACAGGAAUGACAAGGAGGAUGUCUUUGUUCACCAGACAGCUAUUAAAAGAAACAACCCAAGGAAGUUUCUGCGCAGCGUUGGAGAUGGGGAGACUGUGGAGUUCGAUGUCGUGGAAGGAGAGAAGGUUCGGGGGCUAAAAGCUGCUAAUGUAACUGGGCCCGGAGGGGUGCCAGUGAAGGGCAGCCGCUAUGCCCCCAACCGACGUAGGUUCCGCCGAUAUCCCCGGCCCCGCCCAGCUGCCCCGCCACCCAUGGUGGCAGAGGCUCCGUCAGGCGGGACAGAAGGCCGCGAAGGGGAGCGUGCGGAAGACACCGGGCAGCGGCCCAGACGACGCCGCCCACCACCCUUCUUCUACCGAAGGCGCUUUGUGCGAGGCCCUCGGCCCCCCAACCAGCAGCAGCCCAUAGAGGUGAUGGGAACUGGGAACGUGGGAACCAGCUGCGAGAGUUGUGAGGCUGGAGACCAGAGUCCCCCAGACGAAGCAGAAUGGGCAGCUGACGGGGCAGAAACCAAAGAGAGACAGCCCCAUUGGAGAGGGACCCAACAGCAGGGAGAUGAGCGGGUCCCCCCACCCAGAUUCCGGCCCAGGUACCGAAGGCCUUUCCACCCCAGGCCACCCCAGCAGCCCACCACAGAAGGUGGGGAUGGCGAGACCAAGUCCAGCCAAGGCCGCACUGACGGUUCCCGGCCUGAGCCCCAGCGCCCACGGAACCGCCCCUACUUCCAGCGAGACGCAGCAGCCCCCUGGACCGGGCAGCCCAUAGCCCCGGAGACCUCGGCCCCCAUCAACAGUGGGGGCCCCCCAACCGCCAUACCGGAGUAAUUCCAACUCAAAGGACACCCAGAGCCACCAUCUGGUGAGUGGCAAG